CACUGUCAAAGUUGUCGGUGGCGCGCAGGGAUCGCCGCUGUGCUCCGUGGCUGUGUGCCUGUCCCCCGCUUGUCGCUUACUGACUUACUCGUUCGCUCGUGACUCAUUGCUGCGGCUGCCGGUUGCGCGCGCGAUGUGUGACCGGUUGGCCGCUCUAGACGGGCUCGUACCGCCCGCUGCGAUGGCCUGCAGGUCAACGCCGUCGUCCCCGAAUGCAUAUCGGGCCGUUGUUCAACUACAGCAAUUGGAGAAGACCGCAUCCGUGCCUGACCUGCAACAGAAGAGGUGUCAUCGCGGUGAUGGACCCGCGACCGAUCGCCAAGCAGCCCCGGCGUCCUCGUGUCCAGACUCCAAAUCAGACGGCUGUCUGACCGAGACCGGACAACGAGCGCCAGUUACCAGCUUGAGCGGCACUUUUCUCACGCCUCCCUGCAAGACAGAUAACAAGAGUCUCGAUGGGCAAAAACAUCAACUCAAUCAAUUAAAUAAUAUGACAAUGGCGACUGAUUGCACAAGAGACAUGCACCAGGAUGGACUAAUCCUACCACGGAAGCCGGCCAACCCAUGCCUGACCUCCGCUGACCAUCAAAACCUUCAUCGAGAACUCCUAUUCAACCAAAAAAUCGGAAAAAAUGUUCUGGGACAAAAAUCAGAACUGCAAAAGGCACUAGAAAAACACAAGCGAACACAAAGUCAAAAGGAGAUUGAACAACAAAAAAACUCUUGCCGCACACCAUUCGAACGAAUGAUAGAAGAACGGGCAAAAAAAAUUGAAACGCAAAUGGAAAAAACUGAUACAAAAGAAAAAGAUGAAGAUAAACCAGAAUUUUUACAAGUUCAUGCUAAACUGCGAGCCAAAAUGGCCAAAACAGACUGAUGCUAAUCACUGCGAAAAUAUAUGUUUCCCAAUGAUACGGGAAUAAUAGAUUAUUAUUAAAUUAAGUGUUCAUUGAUUUGUACAUUCUAUUUUUUUGAGUAUAUUAUAUUGAAAAUUUUAUCAUUUGUAUAAGUGUAUGUGUACAAUUAUGUAGGACUAUUGAUUUAUAAUUAUUACGAUUAAUUGUCAUUAUAGAAGUGUAUAGAAACAUUUAUAUGUAUAAAACUAUAAAAUAUUUUGAUUAUUAUUAUUAUUAUUAUUACUAUAUAUUAUUGUAUAUUUUUUUUUUUUUAGACCAAUUUAUGAGUAUAUUUAUUUACUUAUUUUUUCUGGCAAAUGUAUUAACCCAACAUUGUACAUUGCCAGCAAGUUAGUCAAUUUUUAAAUUUGGAAAAAAUUAUUCUAGGGUACAUGGAACAUUGUUUAAAAAAAGUUUACAACUAUAACUUGAUGUUAAUUUCAAACUAAUAUCUCGACUAAUUAAAAAUAAUUAAAUAUUA